CGGAAAAACUAACCAUUCAGAAAUAUCUAGAGAUUAACGUGUUGGAUAUAAAUACGGUAUAUGAUAGGAGAUUGCGAUGUAAGUUGAUCCAUGUAGCCAACCCCACUUAGUGGGUAAGACAUGAUAAUUGUUGUUGUGUUGUGGAUAACUUGAUCAAGGAUUUAAAUUAUGGUUAUGGUUGCGUCGCUUCCCUUUGAUAAUGCGGAGAAUUGCAGUUAAAUAUGGCUGAAACGGCCACAUUGAGUAGAGGCAUCAGAAACUUUGAUGUUGAGGCCUCAGUUGCAGUUGCUUAAAACCUUAGUCACAAUAUCUACAUGACUUGGUAUUGUUAUUGAUAGAACUCUUGUCGUAUCUUGCUGCUGAUUUCUAAAUGGAUCAUUAUUGACUAUUGUAAGGUUGUUAUCAAUUGAAUUUUUGCGGUAUCUAGUUGCUGGUGUUUAAGUACUCGAAAGUGAAAGGGGAAACUUUUUCUGCAUCUACUCAAUUCACAAAUUGUAACUUUGCAAGUGUGGUCGUACUGUCGUAGAGUAAUGGAGUCGCACGAUGAGAUGGGAUGCCAGGCACCAGAACGUCCAAUUCUGUGCGUUAAUAAUUGUGGUUUCUUCGGAAGGGAAGCUACCAUGAACAUGUGUUCCAAGUGUUACAAGGACACACUGCUGAAGCAGGAGCAGGAAAAACUUGUUGCGACGUCAGUUGAAAACAUCGUGAAUGGCAAUUCCAGCAGCAAUGGAAAGCUGGCUGUGACCGCAAGUGCUGUUGAUGUACGAGUUGAAAGUGUGGAGCUCAAUACAGUGUCUCCCGAGGUUCCAGAAAAUCCAAUCUCUAAUGAGAGUGUGGAGAUGAAAGCCAAGACUGGUCCCAGCAGAUGCGCUACUUGCCGGAAACGUGUUGGAUUAACUGGCUUCAGCUGCAAAUGUGGCAACCUCUUUUGCUCAAUGCAUCGCUAUUCUGAUAAACACGAUUGCCCUUUUGAUUAUAGAACUGCUGGUCAGAAGGCCAUAGCUGAAUCCAACCCAGUAAUUAAGGCGGAUAAACUCGAUAAAAUCUAGCCAUGCACUAAACGAAGGGUUAAUUAAUGUACUUCGUCGUUUAUCAGCAAGUCCUCAUAUGUACCGAACUGCCUGGGUUUUAGGUGUCCUUUAGUGUCUAAAAUUAUCUGUCGUGAUAUCAAGGUCAUCUUUAGGGAAAACCAUUCCUUGUUUGUGUUGGUUUGAUGAACACUUUGACUCAUUUUAUAAUUAUUUCAUGCUUGGUCUUCAUUUAAUUUCUUA